UUUUUUUUUGAGCAUCAAGACUGAAAUUUCAUUAAUUCAAAAUAGAAGGUAUUAUAUCAAGCCAUGGAGCACCAAAGGCUCAACAUCAUUAGGAACUUCCUCAAGCCAGGCUUGAUAAACUUCAAAUUCCCUAGCCUUGUGAGGUAAAGCAUGAGCAACCCUAUUACCCUUUAACAUGUGAAAAAAUCACACUUCACAUGUCCUGAAGGAGCUAAGCAAGGAUUAUUUUUUUCUGCAGAAAAGAAAUAAUCGUGGCUGAGUCCCCUUGGAAGACUACAUCUGAAACACCAAACAAUUAAAGUAAGGUGGAUUUGAGCAGCCCGGCCCAACAUUUUUAGCAGAUUCAAGCAACAACCUAUAUAUAUAUUUUGUACUCAUCAUUUAACAAUUUACCAAAAGUGUAAAAUUUUUUUGAGUCUACUUUCUCUUAGACCUUCCUAGUUGCGUUCCAACCCCCACCAAAAAAAAAAAAAAAAAACGUUGUGGCGAGCCCAUGUGAGGUGUUGUGUUAGGGUUUAGGGUAACAAAAUUGUGAAUUUUAUUGUUAAAAAAGAAAAGGCAAAAAAAGCCAUAGAAGGGAAGGGUUUCGGUUUGCUGUGGGUAUUUGGCUGCCAAAGGGGAUAUUGGAAGGGAAGGGAGGCAUCAGGCAUGGCAUCAACGCCAGUUGAGGUUCAAAAAGUUUUGCAUAUGAUGUUUGCGUUCUACUGCAAAUCAAGAGGAAUCUUGAGAGAUUCUUCUUAUCAUGGAAAAAAAAAGUUUUUAAUUUAUGGUACCUCAAGUGGUGUCCAUAAUUCAUCAUGGAAACCAAGUCAAAAGCACCUAUAUACAGUAAAUAUAAAUGCUGCAGUGCAGAGGUACCGAGCAAACUUGGGAAAAAAAUUGGGCGGCACGGGAUUUGUAGUCCGUGAUCAGGAUUACUUCCCGAUUUGUUGUGGGUCGUCAUGGACUAUCAAUGACAAUGAAGAAGUUCUUGACUUAGAUGUGAAGGCUGCAUAUAGAUGGGGAAAGUUGAUUAUUGAUAGGUAUAAAUUAAAUGACUUUAAUAUUCAAAUGGAUUCAAAUUACAUUCCUGCUAAACUCAGUCGGAAUAAGAAAUACAAAGAGACUAAAGUUGACCAAACUUUGAAGAUGAUUAGAUCCAAGAUGCUUGAGGAAAAGGAUUGCAACAUUGAGUUUGAGUGGAUUAGUAGUCAUAUCAACACAGUGGCUGAUUCUUUUGCAAAAUUAGGAUGUGACAUCCACUUUGCAAAGGAAAAUGGAGGUGACUUAAUGCGAGUUCUACCUUCACAUGAGUUUUAUGAUUUGACAGACUACCCUAAAUGGAGUGGGGAUGAUGAAUAUGGAUUUUCGGAGUUUUUUGAUGAGUCAACGUAUGUAACUUGGGAUGGAGAAACCGGAUAUCCAGCUGGUUUUAAAGAAGUUUUGUUCAAUAGUUUUAGGAACAAAAUUAUUAUUCCAACUGAUACAUCGGGAGAUGCUACUACCAUCACAUUUCCGGAAUUCAAUAUUGCCGACCCAAUUGGAAAACAAAUUUUGGAAAACAUUGAUGUCUUGGCAAGCCUCAUUACAAAUAAGGAGAUUUCGAGGUUGAUAAUUCAAUUUUGGUGCAAGGAGGAAGAUAAUCCAAGAGAAGAAGUUUUAGUGGAUGUUAAUCAUCUACACAAAGAGAAAGAGAAGAAUCCAGUGAACGAUUUGUACAAACUGUUGGAAAGCUUCCAGAUCCAAAAGGAGAAAACUACUGCUAUGCCUUUUACUGAGGGUGUGCUUAAGUUAUAUGCUCAGUAUACGAAGAGCACAGACAAGAUAAAUUCUGACAUCAAACACUCAGUAUUGAGCCCAAUAGUUGAGUUUCAUAGGAGGUGGAAGUAUUUUGGUUCUGUCGCCUAUCAAAUCACGAUAACCACUCAGUUGCCAGAAUCAGAAGAUGAUCUUCAUCGGUUUGAAGCAUACAAAGAGAAGUUACAUGACCUACCUAUAGUGGGUGAUCAAGACAGUAGAUACGUCACUCAUAUAAGCACAAUAGGUGAAAAUAGGGAGAAUCUUUAUGCAUUGCUGGCCACAAUUCGUGUUUCCGGUAAAAAAAAAUAGAAUUCAUGUUGCUGGGGAGUCUAAAUAGUGGAACUAAAAGUUGAAAUCUCUUUUUUGCAUUUGUAUGGUUUUUAAUUUUUUAUAUUUUGUUUUUGUCUACAUAGUGGAAUUGAAAGUUAUAACUUAAAAGUUAAAACAACACUGUAUUGGUGACUUCAGGAUUUCUUGUAAUUAGGGCUAUAGUAUUUGAUUUCAGAUACUGUGAAUGUGCAUGGAAAAAUUCAAAGCUCUCUCAAUAAUAACACAGGUACUGUGUGUAUCAGAAAAGUUGAUACACAUGUGCAUCAUUCUGCAUGCAUGAACCAGAAGCGUCUCCUACGCUUCAUCAAGUCAAAGCUAAGAAAAGAACCUGAUGAGGUAGAAACUGUUCUGUCUUCCCCUCCAAAACGUUCGUUUUUGGAAGUCGGGCAUAUCUCUAGUUUCAACCAACAUUAGUUGCACCAACCAUAUGCAGUACUGUUUUGAUAUGUCUUAUAAACUCUCUCCCUUUUCAAUUUCACUUUGCUGAUGCUUCUUAAUUACAAUCUAUAACUACAUUGGAUAGGUUGUCAUAUUUAGAGAUGGAAAUAUGACUCUUAAGGAGGUUUUUGAGAGCCUGGACUUGGCAGGGUAUGCAUUAUUAUAGUUCUCUUGAUUUCUAUUUGCUAGAAGAAAGCUUCUCUCUUUCUCUCCAUGUCUAUAUGUGUUUUUGCAUGUGUCCUUGUUUGUCUAACUGAAGGAAAUUGCAAUCCAGGUAUGAUCUGAAUGUUGAUUUGUUGGAUGUCCAUGCCAAUAAAAGCACAUUCCAUUGAUUUGACAAUUUUAACCUUAAGUACAAUCCUUGCGGACAUAGUAGACUCAGAGAGAUAUUCUUAAAGCAGGAAAACCUUAUCAAAGGUUUGCUUUAUAAUAACAGUUUUAAACCUGCUUGUUGCCUGCAUGUUCUUUAAUGAUUGCAAACUGGAAUGAGAAUUAAUUGCUUUUGGAGAAACAUUUUUGGAAUUAGUACCAGCUUUAUGUUUUUUUCAUUAUUUCUACCCUUUGUAAUUGAUUUAUCUUCUUUAUUGUAAGUUCCAAAGUUUGGAAAAACAUCAUGCAAACAUGAAUGCAUUACUUAGAACCGUAGACUUAUGCAUUACUUAGAACCGUAGACUUUCUUAUACCAGAAUCUAACAUAUACGUUUAUGAUUAUCAGAUGUGUAAUGUGUGCCUAAUCUGGUUUUACAAUAUUUUCUAGGUAAAUUAAUUAAAAUGGGUGAGGCAUUUUUGAAACUGAAAAUAUGGUUGGUAAGGAAAUGGAAUUAAUGUGUGUGUUAGCAUUGUUGACUAGUGUAAGAAAAGCUUUUUGGUGGACAAGAUGAGUUUGAAUAAUCAUGCUUAGCAGAGUGUUAUCUUAAUUACUUGGGUUGGCUGCAUGAAUAUUUUCUUGCCUUUUUUACUUAAAGCCAUUUGCUUUUAGGUCUUAAAUCCUCUUGGUCCUCCCCUUUUUUGUUUUUUCAUUUU